AUGCAAAUCCCUCAGAUUCACAGCCUCCACCAUUAUCUGCUGAACCAAAACCCAUUGUUUCUCUCUCAGCUUCAAUCUUCUUCCUUAGCUUACACUCUCUGCAAAUGGGGCGCUCUCACUCUCGCUCUCCUCGCUUCAAUUCUUUUCGUCAGAUUCCGCCCAAACACCACUGCUAUCCCUCUUCUCAUCGCCGAUUGUGAUUACAGCGACACCGACGACGACGACGACGGAAUCUCCUCGUCGCCAUCGAUGUCGUCUUUGUCAUCGGAGAUUGAAGACAACGAAGAAAAGAAAGAGAAAGAAGAAGAUCGAAGGGGUGAGUAUUUCCGCCUCAAAGGUUCGAGCAACGACGAUGGCGGGUUUCUACGUCGUCGUAGCAUUGGUGAGUUCUUGUCGCUUUCAGAAAUCGCCAACAGCAAGAACGUCGUUAAGCUAUGGGAUACCAUAGGGUUUGGGUUAGGGUUUGGUUUCGAUUAUUCCGAUUCAUCUUCUGACGAAAGCGUCGUGUCGAUUUACGGCGUCAACGAGGAGCAUGGACUCCAGCCCGUUCCCACCCGGAAGCCGCCGACCCCGGCGGUGGUAGUUUCCGCCGGAGAAAAUGCGUCGGGGAAUUUGGCACUGAGGGUGUGGGACACGCGCCUACGGCGGCGUAUACCGGCGGUGAUCGCGGAGUGGGGCCCUAGCGUAGGAAAAAUCGUUGGAGUAGAAUCCGGAGGAGUUCAGAAGGUUUAUGUCAGAGAUGACGGCCGUUAUGGGUUGACGGUUGGUGACAUGAGAAAUGUCAGGUCGCCGUUAGAAGAUGUAACGGAAUCACACAUAGAUUUGUGGUGGCCUAAUUCAUUCAUGCUCAAAAUUUAA